UGGCCGAGGAGCGGCGGCGGCGUGAACGCGGCUGCAGAGCACCAGCGAGGCGCGGGAGCGGGAGCGCCGCGCCCGCCGCAGCCACCGGAGCCGGGCGAGGAGCGAGCCCGGCCUCCCGGAGCCGCCGGGGAGAGGCUCGCAGCCCUGUGGGGAGCCAGAGAGAGGCCCCUCGCCGAAAGCGCAGCCUCCCCCCCACCAUAUCCCUCCCUCCCUUCCCGGCCCGCCGCCUCCGUCCGCCCCCAGCGAAGAGAAACAAAACAAACCCCCGGCACCGCCACGUUCUCCCGCCUGCUCUUGGCAUUUUUUUUUUUUGUUUGUGGUGUUUGUUUAUUUUUUUUUAUUGGGGGGGCUCUCCUGCCGGACUGACUUGCACCGUCUCUAUAAUUUCUCUUCCCCUCGUUUUGGUUUUCGGUUUUUGUUUUUUUUUUUUAUACACCCCUUGCUUCCAAAUCCUGUGUCUGUGUGUUUCAAUACUAUCACAACCUCUGAUAAGAUUAGAUCUUUUUAUAUACCCUUCCUCCUCCUCUCUGACCCCAUCCAACACCCCUUGUUAAGAUCAAGUUUUCUUCAAACUGAGGAGUAAUUGUGGCCCAUGGACAUCUGAUGUGAUAGGGCAUACUCACCACCCUUAAAAUAUCUUGAGACUGCAGCCUGACUGCAAAAACUGAUCCAUCACAGCAGGUUUUUAAAUACCACUGGUCUUCUAGCAAGUUAAGUGAAUAGGGGAAGAAAAAGCCAACAACCAACCAAACAAAAGAAAACCCCCAAACCAAAAACGAAGCUGCUUCCAAGUAUUGAAGAUACACGGCCAGGAUGAACACGAGGGACGGAAAGGCGACCGAAGGAGGUCUCAACGUCACGCUUACCAUACGCCUGCUCAUGCACGGCAAGGAGGUUGGAAGCAUUAUCGGAAAGAAAGGUGAGACAGUUAAGAAGAUGAGAGAGGAGAGUGGUGCUCGAAUCAAUAUUUCAGAAGGCUCCUGUCCAGAGAGGAUUGUGACAAUAACAGGCCCAACAGAUGCAAUUUUUAAAGCUUUCUCUAUGAUUGCACUAAAAUUUGAAGAGGACAUAAACGCUUCGAUGACAAACAGCACAGUGACAAGCAAACCGCCUGUAACGCUGCGACUCGUCGUCCCGGCGAGUCAGUGUGGAUCCCUUAUAGGAAAAGGAGGUUCCAAAAUCAAAGAAAUCAGGGAGUCCACAGGAGCCCAGGUGCAGGUAGCAGGGGACAUGUUGCCAAACUCAACAGAGCGUGCAGUGACUAUAUCGGGCACUCCUGACGCCAUCAUCCAGUGCGUGAAACAAAUCUGUGUGGUUAUGCUGGAGUCCCCACCCAAAGGUGCCACCAUCCCCUACCGUCCCAAACCUGCCUCUGCACCUAUCAUUUUUGCAGGUGGCCAGGCGUUCACGAUUCCGGGGCAGUAUGCCAUCCCUCAUCCAGACGUGAGUCCAGCGCAUUUGACCAAGCUUCACCAGUUGGCUAUGCAGCAUCCCCCCUUUACUCCCCUUGGGCAGACCACCCCUGGUUUCCCUGGACUGGAUGCCACUACUCCAACCAGUUCCCAUGAACUUACUAUUCCCAAUGAUUUAAUAGGCUGCAUAAUUGGCAGACAAGGCAGUAAGAUAAAUGAAAUCAGGCAGAUGUCAGGAGCGCAGAUCAAGAUUGCUAAUGCCACAGAAGGCUCUGCAGAACGACAAGUUACAAUCACAGGAUCCCCUGCAAACAUCAGCUUAGCACAGUACCUCAUUAAUGCAAGGGAUUCCCCACACAGCGAGACGAGAAUAGACCCCUUCAUUUUUAGUUGCACAAACACCACAUGGCAUGCCUCUGGAUCUCAGAAGAUAACAAUUUAAGACCUUCAAGACAGCUAAAGCAUGCAAAUAAAAUAAGGCACUUGCUAAUGGAGCUGCAGUGAGCCGCUCACCAGAGACAGAAAUGCUAGUGAACAAACCUCUGUUUGACUCACUUUAGAGAAGCCUGUGAACUCUCACACUUCUGUUCAUUACUGCUUAAUGAGUCUUUUGAUGGAGUGGGAUAUAUGUGAGGCCCUUUAACAUACUUUUGCAAAGAAGAAACCUUCUCAGCAGUCACAUACCACGGAUACUCUCUCUAUACUCUGUGAAACCAGAAACCAAACAUUUCCUUCCUGCUGAAUUUCUAGACAGAAGUUGCUUGUUGCCAUCAUCUACAAUAAACCAUCAUCUCUUACUCUGUACCAUGUAUUGAAACUGUGUUUAGAUGAAGCGACUUCAUUUGUAAAUGAAGACUCUUAAAGUAAUGUAUAAUAAAUUAAGCUCUAAGGUAACAUAGGACAUUAAGGUGACUUGUUCAUUUUAAAAAGUGACA